UGGUCUAGCUGGUUAGACGAUCUUGAAGUGCAAAAAGUAAACACAGCCGAAACAGUGUGCAGUGUAGUUCCCUGGAAGGUGGGGUAACACUGACUGUGGUGAUGAUCAAAGUAGCACAGUAGCGCAUCAAUCGCUAUCGCUUAUGAAUCAACAAACCGAUUCAGACUGAAUACAUGUGAAAUUCGUGAUUGGCGAAUGCCACCGAAGCGAAAGAGAACGAGACGGGAAGAACAUUCUUUUCCGCAUUUCGAGUACAGUUAGAUCCCAGUGUGUUUGGACUUUGGAACGACUUGCCGCAGGAACAUACCGGUUGAAUCCUGCAAAACCGCUGGAUCGUUAGACAGGAAGCAAGUGAAAACAAAAGAUACCUACAAAAGACUGUAAAGACUCCGGACAUACGGCAGUAGUGAAUUUGACGGUGUUCUUCCGUUCAGCGGAAACACGUUUUCAUUGCACCCUCUCGGAAGUCUAGCUAAAGUAGGCCGCAUUCUGUGAGUGAAGUGACAAACGAAGUGAAGAAGAAUAGAACGUCCGGCCCCGAAAAAAUCAAGCAGCCGUCGACAUCAUCUACGUCGCGAGACAGAAGCACUUUCACACUUUUUGCUCGCCAACCAAAUUCAAGCCGAGUGUGCUCAGUAGUGUGUCUGGUUCCACCUCGACGGACGACUCUGUUGCAGAACAUCGACGGUCACCGAAAGCAGCAGAGCAGCACAGUAUUAGAGGAGGGUUGUGAACCAAUAACCACACCAACACCACGCGCGAAUAGGUGACGCGUAAUAUAGAAGAUUUUACCGAAGAAGACCUGCUCCAACACCGUCGAACAGUCGCGAGAACACGCUGGCUCUUUUUUAGCGAAAAUUUUCACUUCGAAACCAUCGCCUCAAGAGCCGGCGCCUACUUAGGUGUGUGCGGUAGAAGGUACGACGUUACACGUACCGACGAUAUGGCACCGCAAGGAGCAACGGCGACGGCCGUCCCGACGACGGCCGCGAUGACCGGCGCAUCCACCGCCAGCACCAGCCUACUAGCCUCCACACCCGACUCCGCCCUCGGCAGCAGCAUCUCCUCGUCCCCGUCGUCCAGCUCGGCCAACAGCAGCACGACGACACAGUUCGGCCUCAGUCACCUGUCCUGCGGGGAGAUCAUCUACGCGGAGGUGGACAAUCGGUUCGCCGAACCGGACCGCCACAUGAUCGCCGACGAUCGCGUCGUCCCGAACCUGAUGCGGCUCGAGCGGCUCACCAUGCCCAAGUGCAACUACUUCCUCGACGUUCAGCGAGACAUCAAGCCGAACAUGCGGAAGAUCGUCACCACGUGGAUGCUGGAGGUCUGCGAUGAGCAAAAGUGCGAGGAGCAAACGUUUCCACUGGCAGUGAACUUCUUCGAUCGCUUCCUGUGCGCCCUGGCGAUCGAUCGCUACCACCUGCAGCUGCUCGGCUGUUGCACCCUGCUGCUGGCGUCCAAAAUUCGCCAAUGUCAGCCAUUAACGGUCGACGUGCUGAGUGCCUACACCGACCAUGCGGUUUCGCCGGAUCAGAUAAGGAACUGGGAGUUGCUGUUGAUCAGCAAGCUCGAGUGGAACAUCAACGCGGUGACGGCGUACGACUAUGUUGAUCAUAUUCUGGAGCGCGCCAAAUGGGGCUCGGACGACGCCAGGCUGCGUGAGCACGCGCACACCCUGAUACACGUCUGCAAUACCGAAACCAUCUUCAUGCAAGUAGAACCCUCCCUGCUGGCCGUGUCGUGCAUCGCAUCGGCCACCCGCGGUCUCAACGUUUCGACGAAGCUGGCCGUCGGCUACGACCUGUGCCGGGUGACGAUGCACGCCCUGGACAAGAUCGACUUCAUCGUCAAGAUCAUCGAGGAGAUCGUAGCGCGCGAAAUCGCCGACAAGCAGUGCCAGCAGCAGGCACAGCUCGCAGCGGCCGGCAGCAGUUGCAAGGAGCAGUACCAGCAGGCACCCCAGAAGCUGUCCGCCUCCACCGCCAACAGUAGCAGCGGGCCGCCCCAGCAGCAGCAACCGGAAACGCCAACCGACGUGCAGUUCAUCUACUUCUAAACGAGAUUUGGCGCUCCGCAGUUCCCAAUAUCAGAUUCUUUUCCCCCCCCUUGCAAGAGAGUGUGAUCAUUAAUAGGUCAAGCAAAUGGCCCCGAUUUACCACCUCCUACCGGCAGCGAUGGAGUUGUUUGAGGUCAGCCCAUUGAUAAGAACGACGUGCAUUCGCUUCCCCAUCCAUCAUCACCUGCGUCGGAAAAAGGGCCGAAGACGCCGGACUGUAAAGAGAUGAAGACGGCGAAGUUUUUCAUACGAAAUGAAAAAAAAAAACCAGGAACACGGGUUGCACCGGGGAGGGGAAAGAGUUUGAUCACCAAAAAAACACAUCGAAGAUAAAAACCCACAACACACGCACAAAUUGAAGGAUUUCACUCAAACAAACUGCGCUUGGCGCACACCGUGUACGUGUGCGGUUCAUAGGUCUUAAGUUGGUUUACUUCAUUACUAUAGCUAUACAUAGCUCUGGAUAAGCUUCAUUCCGCUUUUCCCCCCAUAUCCGGCGGCGCAAUGGGGGGUAGAAGAACGCUUUCCGCGCGCCCGUUUUGUACAUAUUAGAAGUUACUAGGAAUUCCCCAAGCCCAUUCAUUCAGGAUCCGCGCAACACCGCAUCCCCAUUAGCUUAUAUUAUCAUUCGGUCUUAUUCUUACUGAGAGAGAGUUAUGAGAAUUUUCCAUUAAUUUUUUUUUUUUGCAUUUUGUGUUCGAUUCUAUGAAACUGUUGAUACAUUUUGAUGGGAGAGGAAAAACACGAUUUAGCAGCGUUUUGAAAUUUUCACACAUUUUCUUGUUGUUACGUUGUUGUAUGGGGGGGGAGAGAGAGAGAAGGGUGGAGAAGCCACACCACCACACGUCCACCAUCAAUGGUACAGUUUAUUAUCGGGGUUUUUUUUUUGCUCUGUUUGCUUGCAUCCUCUUAAUAAUAACUGCUCGGUGGCGACGACGGCGGCGUGUUGGCCACUCACGAGCAGCUCGCGCCAAUGGGUCGUGAUACUGCGAUAACGCCGACGACGACGACGACGCGACAAUGUACAAAACGAUAUGUUUGUUUGCUUGCAUGCUGCUGGAUGGAAAGGAGGGGGCAGGGAGAGAGAGAAGGAAAAGAAAAUUAACCAUAGAGAACGAGGAGGAAGGGAGGGCCCCCGGGGGAGAAAGUAAACAAGCGCAACACGUCGAUGAUGAAAAGGAGCCACACUGAUAGCAUUUAAAGAGACCCCGAGACGACUGAAUGAACCCCCCCUCACGUUCCUCACUUUCUACCUUACCAACCACCUCCUCCUCUUGGGUCUCUCGUUAUCCAACCUUUCGGCGGCGCGCGCAGAAAGUGCAAAAGAACGCCCCGGGCCACACGAUAAGAAAAGUGAGCGAACGACGAGGAAAGCCCACCACACCACCACCACAACCAACUCUUUUGACGGCAUACAUGUAUCGUACCUCUCUGGCGAUAGAAGCUUUCUGGUUGGGAACACAAUUUUCUUUAUCGGCUUUCGAAGAAAAAGCAAAACACACGCUGAAAAAGAAAAACAUGACCCACUACCCUCAACGGACCGAAGGUGUUAUUGCGGAUAUCCGUGACGAGAUCGCAAGCAAGUUCCAUGGGGCUGCGCUCUUCUAUCGCCGCGCUGUUCUCCGGCCGUUUGUUGUAAAUAGUGUUAGGGCCAUCCUUUCGGUAGGAGAACAAUGUUGCUUGUAAGCGCAAGCUUGACGUCGUCACCGUCACCGUCAGUCUUAUUCAGGUUCCGUAGUUCAGCGGUGUGGCCACAGUUUAGAUUUCAUUUUUCAUUCUAGUUUGUUUGCGAGCAAUUUAUUUUCUUUUUUCUUAUAAAACAACUGUUACUGUUGUGUUUUUUUCAUUCAUUCCUCUAUACUCGACUGUUUUCCUCAUUUAAAAUGUUCUUGUUCGUUUCUAAUUCAUUGGGGAUUUUCUAUAAAAAAAAAAAACUAAAAGUUUGAUAAAUUUGUUUGUAAAGUUAAAACAAAAGAAAAGAGAUGAUGAAAGUCUCUGAAAUUUGAUAUAAAAUCAUAGAUUUUUUUACAAACGAAAAAGAGAGAGGGAGAAAAAGAAACAAGAACACACACUGAAUGAAACAACAACGAAGUAGGAACAUUCACAAAAUAAUAAUAAAAAAAAAUAUAAGAAACAAUCGGAAACUACAUACGCUUUUGAUGAUAAGUAGUAAAUGCGGUGCGCCACCGUGCGCGUUGAAUUCUACACAAUAGUUAAUAGGGAAAGAGAAAGAGAGAGAGAGAGAGAACACAGAUGGAGAGAAGAAGGGAAAAGAAAGCAAAUGAAAAGUGUCAAAGCAUGUUCUUUCGAGCAAAACAUUGGUGUGUUGUAGUAGGAGGGGGGGUUUGGAGGAGGAAAGAUGUUUGUUGGUAGAGUUGUUCGUUAGCUCUAAAGGUGGCACUUUGCUUCCAGCUGAUUUCCUCUCAGAUAUGUACGCCUCCCUCCCUCCUCUUGCACACCAACGUCGAAGAUACAACGAUGCAAUUGCAUUUGUCUAGAUACUGGAGAGGGUUUUUUUUCCUAAAAGAACUGAAUAUUCAGGUGCUCACCCUGUGCACGCCGUUACACAGCCUAUGUACUGUUUAAAAUUUAAGAUAAUUUUCAACAACAACAACAACGAAAAAUGAAAAGCAAAAAAAAAUCUAACUGAAAUAAAAAAAAUGUAGGAUAUACUGUUAAAGAAAAGUUACGCUUGUACAAAUAGUAAGAAGGAAGAAGGUGCCCAAUGCAUAACAAAUGUGGAAAGGUUAAAUAGGAUGCGGCAGCCGGAAAACUUUACGCCCUCGAGGAAGCAAGAUUAGUGUCGUUCUGGUUAUGGACCCUGUAACAUAACCAAUGGACAGUUGUGCGUUAAGUUGUUUUUUUUUUAGAGUGUAGCCGUUUAUUGCCAAAGAAAAUGUAGUAAGUCGAAUGUAAGCAUAAUAGGAAGGAAAAGAUGGAGGGAAAAAGGAGAAAGGGGACUGUUUGUGAAAAAUUGAAGUAGAUAUAGAAUGAUAUUAGAAGAGAUGGCGGGAAGAGGAGGGACACAUUCUCCCUCCCACAACAUUAGGAUGAAGAGAAAAGAGAGACUACUAAAAUACAGACCAUUUACAACUCCACAACAAAUACAAACGGAACAUUUCACGCACAAACAGCCCAACUAGCUGCCGGGAUUUAUACACUUAUCAAAGCAAAUAACAAACAGCGCAGUUAUGAAGAAAAGGAAAAGAAAACGCUCGAGCAAUGCCAUUACAACACAAACAUAGGUUUAGAAUUCAGAAGCUGCUAAGCUGCAUUUGCAUUGGAUUUACUAAAAGAGCCAUCUCUCGAGCGCCGAGAGUAGUAGAGUCGUCAUCGCGGGCCGACAAUGUAAUUAGUUCUAUGCUAGGCACCCAGCAACACCCACCCUCUCGGUCUCUCUCCGUCUUUUCGCCUUUGGAGAAGCAAUGGGAAGUAGGUUAUAGGAGAACUGUAUCUUAGUUAAGCAAGCACACACAGUUGUGGCGUUCGUUGAAUGAAGGUGGUAACUUUUCCGGUGUUUUGCCAUGAACGAUCCUCGAUUCUCGGUCUAUACCACCACCAUCAAUGCACCUUUUUCACACACAGAUACACACGUGGAACACAGCACGAGAUUUAAAUUUUAGGGCAGUCCGAUCUCAACCAGUAGCAGGAGCUAAGGAAACUAUCAAACAACUAGCAGUGAGUUAUAUGGUGUUAGGAGAAAAAUACUACACACCGGAAGCGGAGGAGGAAGCCACAAGGCAGAAUAGGAGAGAGAGAUGUGAAUAGCGUGGAUAUAAUCUUUUUGUAACUAUUUUCAUGUACAUACAGUUUAAUAGAAGGAAAUAGGCAUUUAAACCAACUAGGAAGGGGAGAACUUCUUAGGGGCAGUUAAACGAGAGGAAGAAUUGUUCAUAAAUGAUGCAAACGAUAGAAAGCGAGAGAAAAAGGGGAGCAUUUUUGACAAUCUUCAACGAAAAUGAAGCGCGCACUACCUACUUAAAAAAAAAAGAAAACAGAAAUGAACUAAUAUAGGAAAGAUAUUCUUCUGGUAAUUGAAUUGCAUUCUUUUGGCGCAUUUGAUUGAACCGACGAGACACACACACACACACAUGGGGAGGAGUGUAGGGUUGUUCUUUAUGGUACUUUCCAUCUUUUUUUUUUUUUUGUUAAUCUAGUCUUAAAUAAGAGAAUUUAUAUUUUAUUUAUACGAACAUACAAACGAAUACCAAAAUUAUCAGCAAGAGUUUGCGGGGGUAGGAAGGAAGUGGAAAAAACGAGACAUAAGAGGGAAAGAACCCGUUUUGGAUGAAGAUAAGGAAAAAGAAAUGCGUGCAAAGUGAAAUCUUCUGUGGGUAGGAAGAAGUUAUGAAAAAAUACAUCGAGUUUUAUACCAUAAACGAACGGAAAAUUCAGACUGUUGAAAAGUAGGCGCUCAAAACACGAAAAGAAAACGGAAACAAAACAAUGCUGAAUAGAGCAAGUGAACACACAUGCAGUUUUUGUUAGUGUGAAACACAGGAUUUCAAUGGAUUUCGAUGGUAAAAAAUAGGAUUAUAUUGUUGUACUAUACCAUAAACGCGGAAAAUGCACAGAACUACUACUACUUCUACUACUAGUACUACUACUAGAAUAAGUGUACGGAUAACAAAUAAAAAAGAAU